AUGACCAUUUCCUGUAGGAGAACAGAAGAUCACACCCAGCCCUCAUUUCAGACACACAGCAGAGAGGAUGUCUCUGCAGCUCUGAUAUAAUUACAUUUUAAGAGGUAGGCAGUUACGGUAACUCCAAAUCUUUGGAGGGGAUCAUCACAAGCAUCAGUCCCUUCCCAGACCUCUCUUCACCCGCCCAAAUGGUCAUGUUGUGUCCCAGGAGAGGUAAUAGAGCAGCUAGGAAGCAGGGUUUCUAACAACUAUAGUGGAAGCAGACCAUGCAGUCCUAUAGCUACACCACUGACUUAACUAAGAGGAAGCAGGGAGCAUGGCUCUGGAGAAGAUCAUCCGUGAAUCCCUUACAGGCUUCUUACAAUGUCACAUCGCUCAUGCUGACCUCAGUGCACUGGAUGAAGUGUUUUGUGCCUAUGUCACUGGAGUCUUGGAAGAGCUGGGGUCUCAGAACUCAUCAGAAGAGGACUUUGAAAUGGAAUCUUUUGUAGAAAUGCUGGAGGGCUAUAUUCCAGGAUUUUCUGAAAUUAGCAGUGAGAAAGUAUAUGAUAUGUUGUUUGAACUCUCUGGGAGGUUAAGUGAAGCACGAGGCACAGAAAAUGUUUCUCCUAAUCCCACUGUGGAAGUUUCAUUUAUGACACCUGCAUCUCCCAGCGAAAAGACUGCAACAGAACCAUUAGAAGGCGCAGUGGCCCAGGACAAAGAUGAUCCUAAAACUGGAGUUGAUCUGCUCCUGGAAAUAUUCCCAUCAUGCACUAUAACCCAAGCUCAGACAGCCCUGUCUAUGGCAAAGGGGGACUUGGAAGAUGCAGUGCAAAUUAUUGUGGAUGGAAAAGUGAUUGCUGACAAUCAUUCUGGAUCAAAGGAUAUGCAAGGAGCUCCAAAAAUAGAAGAUCUGAAAGACUUUAUUUUACAAAAGUACAUGCUGGUGGACACUGAAGAUGACAAAAAAACCUACAGGCCUGUGGCACCAAAAGAGGCUCCCAAGAAAAUGAUCCGCUACAUUGAUAAUCAAGUGGUCAGUACAAAGGGGGAGCGCUACAAAGAUAUCAAGAAGCCUGAAAGUGAGGAGAUGAAGAAAACCUACAUAAAUCUCAAGCCAGCUAGAAAAUACAAGUUUCACUGACUGGUUUUAAACCGGUAUGUCAUUUCCACAGUACUGCGCGACUGCGCUACAUUUACUUACCGGAAAAAUUACUUACAGUACACGCUAGGUCUUGUUGAAACGGAUUGGCUUACUAACCUAGUCAUUGCUGCAUUUCUGCAGUACCCUGGGACUGAGAGUUUAACAACAACUGGCAUGUUCAUGUGAGAUGCCACUGGCUUCACAACUGCACUGAUAUUUCAACCUCUAACCUCAUACCAGACAAGGGCUCACUGCAGAGCUCAUGGGCCCAGAACAGAAAUUCAACAGGACUAUCAAUGAUGAGUCAUCUGCCACAUUGUUACCAGACUGUGUUUUGUAUGUAUAAACAAUAUGGUGCAUUUGUUUAGUUUGGGAUGCAAUGAAUUUGAUUAUAGUAACACAGGCUCAAAUGCUUGCAGUUUUAUAGGUAACUGUGCAUUCUCCCCAUUGUAUUUGAAUCAUUUCACACUUCAGUGGAUGCUCUGAGCAGAACCAUAUCCUCAAUUCUGCAAUCUGCCUUGAUACAAAUCCUUUUGAGGAUUCACUGACAGGCAAAGCAUCAGCCUGUAACUGCUCCCAUGGGGCAUAUUUUGGACUGCAAACUCCACCCCACGUGAGCUCUGAAAAGAGGAUGUAUUUUCUGGUAGGGAAAGUGUCACAUUUGACAUUAGCUUAACUGUGACUAGGACAUUACCAGGGUUACCUCAUUGCUCUUUAUAUUUCUAUAUAGCCUUCUUACUAUGUGUAAGACCUCCAUCCUGCAAACCCCAUCUGCCUUUCCAUCAUUAUGAAGCCAUCACAAGUGGUGGUCGGACAUUGUCGCUGCGUCGUGCAUCCGACACGACUGUCGGAUGAAGACGCAACAUGCAUCCUUUGCAUCCGACAGUCGUGUUGGAUGCACUCAUUGACAACGUCCGACAUUCCUAUUACUUACCUUAGAUUCGGCGCAUCCGACGUGAUGCCUGCGAUUCAUCUCAGCACGUCAGAACGGAUGCUGUCGCAGGUAAAAUCGCUCAUGUAGUUCUACCCUUAAGAUGUCAGAGUGCCUCCUGCUUAUCAGAGCUACAGUCUAUACUGGCCUUAACCAGCAUGCAAAGGUAAAAAUGUCACUGCCCCCACAUCUGACCAGCAACCUCCGUCCCUUUGUCUCCAAUGACACUGAAGUAUCAUUUCAACAACUGGAUCACAUGCAAAGUCCUUUUAGGAACCUGUAAUUGAAUAGUAGUUGUGAAUAAAUGUAUUACAGGUGCCUUUUUGUGUAUAUUAUAGCUACAUCUCUGCUUUUAAUUGGUGCAUGGAUCUCUUGCAGUUAAAGUCUCACAGAAAUGGAGGCAGUUUUUGUUUCACAUUACAGCUUGUCACAAUAUUACUUUCAAUGAAAAAAGGUGUGAUUAUUACCUGUUUAAAGGGGCAGUAUAUCCCCUUUCUCAACAUUCGUUCAUUAAAUAGGGCUUGUGCUGAACAUACUUUUUGACAAUUUGAAUUAUUAAAUAUUUAUGGUUUCAAUCAUUUCUUGUACUAAAUAAGGCACAAUCUGAUAUUGAAAGCAAAGUCACAUUCUACUUUUGAGUCUUGCAAGCACAAAACAAAACAGCAACCUGAGAAGCCCUCUGAAUAAACAAACCCCUCUCUUUCUACUGCUACAGGUACUGCCUGUUAGACUUUCAGAUAAGGAGCUUCUUAUUGAACUGCUAGUUUGCUUUGCGACUUUAGAUUAAUUUUUUGUUCUGUUUAGUAAAAGAAACGACAAAAAACCUACAUAUUUCCUUAUUAAAACAAAAAGGCAAAAAGUACGUUCAACACACACCCUAUUUCCACUAUUUGUACUAUGAGGUUUUGGUUUUUUUUUUUUUAAUGUUUAAUGACAAAUGUACAUUGUCUCAAGCUAGGUUAAUAGGUUUGUGUACAACCUGACUGUUUAUAUUGAUUCCAAUUUUGAAAAGCCAGUUUUGUGUUUGAUUAUUUUCUUUUAAAGGUGUAUAAACAUAUUUCUGUUAUAAUAUGAUGAUGUAGGAUUUUUCUCUCUUCUGAAUAAAGUUGGGGGAAAAGCGUG